AUGCCAUCGGCCUUCUGCUUUGUUCCAUUACUGCGUAGACCUCCUCUUCGUAUCCGAUGCAGCACAUACUCUGAAACACUGUUGAUUGUUACUUCUGCCCUUGGUAGAAAGGUAUCGGAGGGCACUCUCAAUUCACGACCUGUGAGUAUUUUGAACGGCGAAACGCCUGCUGACGCAUGGGCUGUGGCCCUGUACGCGAAAUGGGCAUUUUCCAGGUUCGGCAGAAGUCAGGGUGCAACUAAACGAUCAAUCUCUUUCAUUGUUUUUAACCAGCCCGGUGCUGUUGUGGCCGAUGAUGCGUUCCUUUCCUUCCUUCUUUGUUCCGUUGUGAGAGCAUACCGCCCACGGCUGCGUCGCUCGCGUCCGUAUUUGCUCUCUCCCUCCGCUAUCAGUAAUGUGAGUCAGCUGUGCAUGGAUAUGGCUAUGGAUUCAGAAAGAGAGCUGCAAAUGUCAUCUACGUCUUCUUUCGGUGGUGGAACAGCUAUGCCGGCUUCAGUGCCUUGCCGAGUGGAAAAGCUUUUUAGUAGCAAAGGAAGAAGUCUCUGGCUGGAGCCUGCUCUUCGUGCCGCAGCAUUGUUUGAUGUCCAUGUCGUGGGUGAUGCCGGAGUCAAUUGCAGCUGCAAACAAAUCCUGGAGGACAAAGGCGUUGUGCAAUUGGUCAUCGGUGUAACUUUUAGCGCUACCAUCUCUGGUUCUGAUGAACUCUAUGCAUUGGAGGCUGUCGAUCGUAUGCUGUGA